AUGCAGUGGCCAUCCCGGUGGCUGCUGGGCGCCUUAAUCGCCCUCUGCCUGAGCGCAGCUCUUGCGGACUUUGACGCGGAUGAGGUGAUUGGGCAGUGCCAGAAGGUCGUCAAGGAGGGCGGUGUGGCCUUCCGGUUCGAGUGUCCGGAUUCCGUGUCAAGCAUCAAGGUCAGGCUGUCGUCCGAUGACACCGUCAUCGACAUCUACGGCAACCGGCAGCCGAUGGAGUUCUCCCUCGCUGUUCCAGCAGUGCAGGGGGCGAUGGUGCCGGUGUUCGCCUGCAAGGACCCUGCGGACAGAGACACCUGCACGGAGUACUUUAUCAUCGCGAGCACUCUGCCCGGCACCACGGCAGCUCUGCAGGAUCUGUCGGUGGCCGCUUCGGUGACGGCUCUCGAGCCGCCCUUCGACCCCGCCGUGUUUGAGUACAAGUGCACCAUGUACUACGGCAAGACCACUCUCGUCGAAGCCAAGGCGUCCAACGGCGCCAUGGUGUCGUUCCACGGCUAUGACCAGUCCAGGAAGUACACCAGCCUCUAUGAGUACACCCCGCCUCCCAGGGAAUCGCACCCCGUCCUGACGGCCUACGUGGUGUCGGAGUCGGGCAACGAGCGUGCCGAGUACCACAUCACCAUCGACAUCAUCCCAUCCAUCGACCCCACACUCGGCAGCAUCACCUCCGACCCCCCCGGCAGCCUGUCGCCCAAGUUCUCGCCCCACCACAAGUCCUACCAUCUCUUCCUGCCCUGGGGCUCCUCCUCUGCCACCAUCACCUUCACGCCGCGAGCUGACAGCACCAUGCCCGUCAAGGUCAACGGCGAGGCUGCCAGUGGCGGCACGGCGUACGUCAAGGUGGACCCUGACAAGCCUCCCAAGACCCUGAUCAUCGAGACGCAGGCGCAGAACGGCGAGUACAAGGACAAGUACUAUGUGACGGUGUCCAACCCCGUGGAGGCCAACACCUACCUCGAGGAGCUGACUGUGUUCGGCGAGAUGGGGCCCGUCCAGCUCAGCCGGGUCUUCGAAAGCACGAGGUGCGUGGGGCGGUGGGGCUGCCUGGGAAAGCGGCCGGGCAUUCAUCCAUUGUGUUAUGUGUGUGUCGUCAAUCAGGUUGUCUGGGUACCAGGCUACGUUCCCGACGCCCAACAAGCUCUUCGCCAUCAAGGCCAUCCCACAGGACAAAGAAGCAACCGUCAGAGUCAAACGUACGCACAACACCACCCACAUUGCUGCCGUCUCCGCUGCUAUCGGCACUACGUCCCUCAUCUUUCUUCUUUGUGUGUGUGUUCCCUCAUUCAGACGAGAAGCUGACGGAUGAGGGCGAGAUGAUGUCGGGAUACCACAAGCUGGACCUUGGCGAGGUGGACACGGUGCGUGUGGAGGUGACGGCUUCUGACAACCUCCACGUCAGGACCUACUACGUCGACUGCUACAGGUGAGGAAGAUCACGGAGGGAGAGAGGGUCGAGCGGGAUGUCAGUGGGAUUGUUGUGUCUGUGGCUGUGCAGGUUUGCAUUGUGGUACCAGACAAAGAAGUUCACGGACACCCUGUCGAUGAUCGUGGCCUACACGGCAUCCGCCAUGUCCAUCUUCUCGGGAUCAGCCUUCCUUUCCACAGCCAAGUUCCUGCACGUGAGACCGACCACCUCCUGACACACUACAGACAGAACAAAUGCUCGUGUCUCGUGUCUCAUGUUUCCCACCUUCUCUCGCAGUUCCUCUCCCUGACGGCCUCCAUGAACGGUGAGACGCCACUAAGACCGGCCGGCCACGUAGCCAUCUGUCUCAUGCUGUCCCUAUCCUCCCUUGUUGCCUGCAGGCAUCCCCGAGUCGUACAUCGACUACACUGAGACCUUCAACAAGUUCAACUUGCAGUUUGCGCUGCCCCCCUGGAUGGUGCGGCUGGUACACCAGGCCACCGGCGAGUCUCUCGAGGGCGGUGCCGAGACCGGCCAGGGUGUGUCCAGCGGCCAGCAGAACGAGCAGCGCAUGAAGCAGAACCAGGCCGCCAACCAGGCUGCCAAGAAUGGGACGCAGAAGUAUGUCGGCAUCAGUGAGAGGCGGGCCCUGCUGAGACACACACCGCCCACCACCGAGGCAGUCAUCAAGGUGGAGGCCGCAGAGGAUGUGGCAGAUCCCUUCGACGUCCAGGGUCAGUACAGACACAGAGAGAGACCCGUAUGGUAUGUCAAAGUGUCUUGUCUUCCAUCAGGCUAUGAUGCUGCUGAGCUUCGCCGUCGGUUCAACGAGGAGGUGGACUACUUGAGCGACCAGACGGUCUUCUGGCCAGUGGGUCGGGUCUACGACGACAUCAAAUACGAGCCCGCCCUCGAGCCCGACCGAUUCAGAGUCGUCGCCAGGAAGGUCCUCAUGGACAAAUGGACUCAAGUCGUCCAGGAGGUAGGACAGAGGGGGCGGCACACCCACACACCCACACACCCACACACCCACACCCACACAUGUGUUCGUCCAGUACGAGCACAAUCGUGAGCUGGGCAAGUACUCGAAUGCCAAUGGUACGAUCUCGGAGGCGGCUCUGCCCGACCUCAUUCUGCAGCUCAACGCCCACUCGGCAGCCAUGAAGGCACGUGCCGCACGGAAGGUACGCACGGGACAAAAGUGACCGUACGACGGCCGACGGCUCACUCAGCCUUUGCCCACGCCGUGUGCAUCAAUCAGGCUGAGGAGGAGGCCGAGCGUCUGCAGAAGCAGCUCAAGUACGUGUGCAACCUGGUCAUGGUGUCGGUCACGCUGCCGCUCAUGUUCCUCGUCUACUACCUGUUCAUCUGGCGGCCAUUCAUGCGCAAACCCGACGGCGCGCCUAACGACGCCGCAUGGCAGGGUCAGUGAGCCAAACACACGUCUUUGUUGCAACAAAGACGCAUUCGUUCAUUGAUUUGACUGACCAUCCCGGUUUGCAGGUCUUCGCCCUUGGCCCGUGCUGCUGUUUGUGUUGGAUUUCAUGCUGGUUUCGUACGGGCAGGCGACGGCACAGAUUCUGUUUGCCAAGGGGUCCGACACCAUCAACGUGGCAGGUCUCGAGAUCAAACCUGCCGCCCUCAGUGGCGUGGCUGGCGUGGGGCUGCUCAUCUACCCUGUCGCCUACAUCCUCUGGUCCGCAUGGCUGCUCCUCAGACUCAGCAAGUACGAAACAAGGCCGAUCUCUCUUGCUGCUGGCUGGAUGGCUGACUGGACGGCUGGCUGCUGGCUGGCUGGAUGGCUGGCUGGAUGGCUGGCUGGGGGCUGGCUGGAUGGUUUGGUGUGUGUGGUGGCGGUGUGUUCUUAGGGACGUGGUCUUCCAGGAGGAGAUUCGGAUGUAUGUGGACCGCGAGGUGAAGUUCCUGCGGGCCUACUUCCCGCCGCCCAUCAACGACCCACUCAACAUCAUCAAGGGAAUCUUCACAAAGUCAGUCGGGAAACCACACCAUGCUGAGACGGACAGGGAUGACAUAACUAACACACGUCUGUCUGCCAUGUGUGCUUGUCAGGGAUAUCCGCAAUUUGGUGCCAAUCACCAACGCCGCAGUCAAGGACACUGAGGACCCUGACGCCAAAAGGCUUAAGUUCGCUCAGGUAAUGGGCUGUACUGGAUGGGGAGAGACAGACACUUUCUUGGGCCAUUCAUGACGCGCCUCCUUCCUUAUCCAUCCAUCCAUCCAUCCAUCCAAUCCUUAGGACACGUCGAUUUUCAAUUGGGUGGUGGUACGGAUCUGCCCCAAGGGGCUGCGGGACCUGUGCGUCAACCCUGAAGACGUGGAUGCGGAGGAGCUGCCCGAGAUGAGGGAGAACAAGGGAGCGUCGCAGCCCCUGCUGAAGCAGGAGGGCAUCGACCACGACAAGGAGAGGAACAAGUGGAAGAACAUCAGGCUCGACUGGAACAAGAAACGAAGAGUCAGUGGGAAGCACACAGAUGCACAGACAGACAGACACACCAACAGGAAGACGACAUAACCCUCUCUUUCUUUUGUGUGUGACAGGAGCUGGGUGUCGACCUGGAUGAGGAGGUUUUCCUCAGCGAGUGCAUGAAGGAGCGCGGCCACCUCUUCAGAGAAUACAAGACCGCCAACGUCGGAUGCAAGCGGUGAGGAACACCUGUGGCUAACUUGCCUUACUUACUACGAUCCACUUUCUCCAUCUGUCUGUCUGUCUGUCUGUGUGCUGCAUGAAAUACGUGCUUGCAGUUUGAACCUGCGCAACGCGUACGAUCGCGAGAUGGAGUUCCGUGUGGACAUCCAACUGGGCCACCUGUACCCCCUCUCUACCGGCGGAGGCGACCUCACCUACUACGUGCCCGUCGACAUGUACGUGUGUGAUGGGAGGGGCAGGCAGCAACCAACACACACGGCGACGGACCGAUAACAUGUGUGUAUCUGUGGGUUUGGGCUCCUGGUUGAUGCAGGAUGCAGAUGGAGCACACCAACAAAUACGGCCUCAUGUUCGCCAAGUAGGUCAAUUAAGGCAGUGGCGAUCGCGGUGUAGCGUAUGUCGCGCGUGUGAUGUGUCUGUUGCAGGGCCCGUCAGGGUGCGUUUGGCUUCUUUGCGGUGACCCGGCUCAACAUGCUUCUGGCCACCAUCUUCAUCUUCUCCUGGCACGACUCAGGUAUGUGACACGAUGGCCACCACCACCAGCAGCCACACACUGACUGCUGACUCCCUGUGUGUGUCCUGUCAUUAGAUGGGUUCGAUCAGAUCUUCAUCUUCUGCCUGCUCAACAUCAUCAUCACUCUCGCCCAGAUCGUCCCUGCAGUCGAGAACGCCCGAGACGCCAUGGAGAAAAACCAUGAUAAGGCGGUCAGAACCACGGACGCACAUGCACCAGCACCAGCACAAAUUGGUUCUUUCAUGGUGUGUGGUGUCUCUCUCUCUCUCCCUGUGUCUGUGUUUGCAGCACAAAUGGACGCGUGAGGGCAAGGAGCCCGGCGAUUUCCUGUGCAAGUACAAGGCCGAGGAAGACAAAGAGGAGAAGUACUACUGGGUCAAGCAGGUCACAUACAAACCCGACCAGACUGCAUACUGCCAACCCAAAAAACUCAAAUACUCGGUAAUACUCCCACAAACAAACAGAAAAACUCCCCGUCUCCGAAAUGUCUCUGCUUUCUCUUCAACGUGUAUGUGUGUGUGGUCAGUUGGUGCCCUGUUUGGACGCCCACCGCGGCGAGCUGCAGCCGGACGGCAAAGUGAAGGAGAUCACUGGCCCCGCCACGACCUAUUCUGCCGAGGCGCUGCGCCGCACCUACGCCAAGAUGGAGAACCUGCGGGCCUACCAGGUGGAUCAGAUCAAGAAGGAGCUCAAGGCCAUCCGCGAGUUCGAGAAGAACAACCCGGAGAUUCUGCUGCCCGAGUACCCUGGUGAGAAGACCGACGUGUCGUGCAUGGCGAUGACCAAGGUCAAGGCCAUCGAGUUUGACAACAUGUGCGACAACGACAGCUACUGCCAGGAGCCCAAGAAGAUCCAGGAGGUGGGUGGGUGGGCAAUGUCGACACCUGUGCAUGUACUGGGUUGGCUGUGUGUCCCUGUGUCUCUGUGUGUGUGGCGGCGUGUCAGAUGGUUGACAAGAUCGACAAGCGCAACUAUGAGUCGCUGCAAGACUGGGAGAAAUUCACAUUCAGAUGCGGCAAAGCAUGGGACAGGUAGAUCAUACAGACACACCCUCAGAGAUGCAUUGUCCAAGAAACCUUUUGUAUGUGUGUGUGCAGUGUCUUCGACCGGCCGAUGUUCAAGGGCUUCCCCGCGUGUCUGCUGCACGAGUUCUUUUGGGGGCCGGUCUUCACGGGCGUCCUCAUGAUCCUCACGCUCCUCUUCCUCCUCCUGGGUGAGCAACUCAGGAAAACCACUCACAGAGAGAGACACUGACCAUCGGCCUCUCGCUUAUUGUGUGAACGUUUGUUGUGUGUCAGCUCACCAGCGGAUGAUGACAGUUGACCCUCCUCUGGCCACCUUCUACUGCAUCCUCACCACUGUCGCCGCCAUGGUGGGUGGGGCAAGGGGCACUGACUAAGACACACACAGAGGACACAGGCGUGAGUCUUGGGCUGAGUCUCUGUCUGUCUGCGCGUGUGUGCGUGUGUGCAGAUCAUCAUGAACUUCCAGGCAGCGUCGCAUCAGCUGAAGGAGAUCAAGGAGUACAUGAUCACUAUCGUCCAGUCGGUGAGUGACGGACGGGGCAUGUGGGCGGGAGACUGACAGACAGUUCGGGUGUUUCUUCUCAUGCGUGUGUGCAGGCCGACGACAUCAAGGUCUUCAUCUACGACCAGACUCAGCUCAUAUGGAAGUGGAUGCUCUCCGCGUGGUAGACACGCCCUCACCCCCUACACACAGCCGAGAGACACCCAUACAAGUCGUCCCUCCCUCCCUCCCUCCUUGUGUAGCUUUUUCCUGACGUGCAAUGAGUGCGGUCGCCACGACCCCAGUGCCAUCCCUGAGCCCGAGACGGCCAGCGUGACCAUUCCGCUCGAGAACAAGGUCCGCAAGAUCGGCCUGUACGUCAACGAACUCGGCAUCUUCAUGGAGGGAGAGGUAAGGCAAUAAGAAUCGUCCCUAUUGCGCCGGCUUGCAUCGGUGAUCGUCUUGUCCGUGUGUCUGUGUCUGUGUCUGCAGUUGGAGUGGUCUGACGCGACCAAGGAGAAACUCGGACUCAAGACGAAACCCGACCGACUCCGGUGACCAAGAUCACCUCAGGCCAUGCCGGCUCUGUCUGCAUGGACACGUGUUGUGUGCUCUCUGUGUGGUCAGUUACGAGAUGUGCAAGUCAAUGUCGGUGUGGGGCCGCGCGGUGCAGCGGACCAGAUGGCGUGAGGUGCUGCCCAUCCAGGUGCCGCUCGAGAAGUUCAUCGAGAGCGACUCCAUCACACAACUCGUCGCCACCAUCCAUGUACUUAUAAAUGGAAGGGAUCUACGGCCGGCCGGCAGACCAACAGGACCGUUCAUUCAUCGCCUUUGUUUGUUCCCCUCAGAUUGUGAAUCACGACGAUCGCACGUGCGAGAGCAACUACAAGGAGUACUCGUACCAGGAUUCUGUUUUGUCGCUCUUCGCCGACAAGAAAUUGACACCACCCCUGGGCAAAAUUGACCUCGGAACCCACGAGGUGAGACACACACAGAGAGAACGACCCCAUAGUCUUUACUCCCUCUCGAACGCUGCCUGUGCGUGUUUGUGUGCAGGGUCAGCCCAUCAAGCACUCGUUUUUGUUUUCAGCCGAGAUGGAGGCCAAGGGCCUCUUCGCCCAAGUGUGGGAGGUCAUCUCCACGUAGGCAAUGCCAAGCCAUCAUCACCCAUGCAUGCAAGAGGAAGAGAGACGGCCGUGUGUGUCUUCCUUCCGUGUGUGCAGGACGGUGCGUGACGUCUUGUGCCGCACGUGCAAGAAUUUGCAGGGCGAGGAGGUGCCUGAGCAGAGUGAGGACUGGAUCCCCUGCUUCAUCGUCAAGGCACUCUCAGAGUCCGAGGGAACUUACAUCGUCCAACCCGAGUGAGCCACUUAUCAUGCGCAUCUCGCUUCUCGUACGCGUGUUCGCGUGUGUGUGUGUGUGUGUGUGCAGUUUCGCCGCAAUGGCCGAGCGUUACAAGACGCGUUCAUCCACCUUCAAACGCCUGACCACCAAAGCGUCCAGAGCUAGCCUGGUCAGCCAUCCCAUCCAUGCCCACGCAAGACCCGCCAUGUCUUUCUCCUGUGUGCUGUGCAGUCUGAGUCGAUGUCGCCGUCCGAUCUGCGCAAGGAGACGGAGGGGACGAUCAACCUUAAGUCGCUGCCCACGGCUGACGACAAGGAGGGCAACACCAAACUCCUGGACCUCAUCAAGAAACGAGCUGACUUCCUGGCCGCGGUGAGUGAGUGAGUGAAAAUGGGGGCCUUCACAUGAAACUGUUGGUGACUUGGUGACUGCAGGAGGAGAAGAAGUGGGAGAUCUGGGCUGCCGCUGCGAAGAAGUGUCACGUCAGUCACAGCAGUAUAACAAGUCCGGCCAUUUCACUGCCCGGCCUUUUGUGUGUGCUGAUGCAGGAGUUGAGUCAGCUGCCGACGAUGAACGAGACCCACAUGCAGACCCUCGAGCGCAUCCUCGGCGAGGUCCGCGAGACCGUCAGGACAAAAUUCGACGACCUCAAGAAGCCCAAGCGCGAGGAGGGUGGCGAGGGCGAGGAGCUGGCCGAGCCCAUUGUGAUAUCGGAGAUCGAGUACCUGAAGCUGGACAAGUACCUCAAGUACGCAUUCGAGACCCUCCAGCCCGACGAGAACAAGGAGAUAUACGAUCGCAUGCGGAAGGACAAAUUCAUCCCCUUCAAAGUCCACAUCAGCGACCUGCGCAAGGAGGUUAGCAAACAGACGCACUGACACACGCACACGCACCUUUCAAGCGCGGCACGCGUCAGUCAGCGCGGCUCACAUCAUGCUUGUCAGGGUAACCGUCAGAAGCAGAUGGAGGCCUGGGAGGCCGAAGUGAAGGACUUCCUAGUGGUAAGCGACGAAGACUAGCAAGAGCAGAGAGCGAAAAUAUGGUCAUGUGUGCUCGUGUAUUUAGAACGAGGUGGGCGCGUCUCUGUCUACGAGCGACGGCGUGUUGGAUGCCAAGGGGCGGCCCAAGAGCCGAUACGCGGCCGUCAAGGACCUCAUCAUGGAGCGGGUCAGGAGCCGCGGCAAGGGCACACACGAACUGACAUUGAUUCAUCCACUGUCGCUUGCUUGAUGUGUCUCUCGGUCAGCUUGAGGAAGUGGUGAAUCGGCCGGAGAACCAGACGAUGAAGCAGUUCAAGUGCUCCCUGCACUUCGUCGCCGACGCCAGGGACAUCCGCCGACGCAAGCGAGGUGAGCAUACACACACAUAUAGAUGCCUUACACAUUCACUCUGCAUCGUGUCAGUCCGUCAACCUUUUCUUAUACAUUUGUCUGUGGUUGAUUCGAUUCUGCGCAGAGUUGCCCGCUCGUUGGGGUCCCGACCCGCUUCUGCCCCACCAGGGCGCCGUGGCCCUCUACGAAUUCGACAAAAGGAGCGGCAAACCACUCCUCGACAAUCCCACCUGGUUCAUCUGCAUGUUGCAGGUACUCACAGGUGUCGCUCUACGCAACACAUCUAUCAUGCACGUCUCUGUCUGUCUGUCUGCCUGUCUGUGCAGUUUUCGGCCACGCACGUGAAGGUGAUGAUCCCCAACCCUGUCACCAUGAUCGGAGUCAUCGACACGAAAACCGGCAAGGUCAGCCACCACUCACACAUGGAUGGGUGAAUGCAGUGGGGAUAUCAUCCAUCCAUCCAUGUAUUUGCUGGGCAUCCAUCAGGAGCUCAAGCACUAUGCUGACGAGGACAAGGCUGACCGGCCAGAUGACAAUGGAAGAAAGCAGCGUUUCAUCAAGAGGUACACACAUGCACACACACACGCAUUCCUGGUGUCUGCUCAUGGCGUCUCCGUCCUGUCUUAUUUCCUCCUCUUCCUCCACAACCUACUGUGUGCAGGAAGAUCCUCCACAUCCGUUUGCGUCGUUUCGGCCUCUUGGGAGCCAUUGGCGCAGGCAAGGCCAAGCAGAACAAAGGUGAGCACCGGACAUUUAGCCCAGCAGCACACGUCACGCCUGCCAUGGCGCCCAUUUCUUUGCCUGUGUGUGUGACCAGUUGCUGACAAUAGCACUGCCAUCAAAUCGCACCAGAUGCUGCUGGAUGAGAUGGACCACUGGCUCUACCUCAUCAAAGCCGAUGAGACCAAGGAAGACGUACGUUACCUGAAUACACACACAGGGACACACAGGGAGACGGGGAGGGGAUGCGCCUUGUGCAGCAAAUCGACUGGUAUGACGAGGAGGGCGAUGGAGAGGACAGCGCCAGAGGCAAGGGAGCAUCCAAGAUGCGAGACGGACAGAAGUCCAACCAGGUAAACACACACAGACGCAUCACAUCGCCGGCUGCACCCGUGCUUUGUACGGGUGUGUCGGUGUCUGCGCCAGAUCAUGUUGCGCGACAGCCGUAAUAACGCUGAGUUGGAGUACGAUUUCCUCUUCAAGGAGACAGAGUUGGACGCCAAAAAGUUCCGCGAGACGCGGGAGCCCGAGACCGACCCCUACACCAAACACCUCAUGAUGCUGCGCAUGACGGGCGACAAAUACGCCCUCUGGGAGACACUGAUCAAGGCCGCACACAUGCACAAACCCGACGAAUUCAUCCACGGGUCAGUGAACUACACACUUCUCCUCUUCACCUCUCUCAAUACACUCGACGGCUCUCUCUCCGUGUGUGUGUAUUCUCUUGUAUGGCUGCAGUUACCAGGGUCGCGUGAUCGGUCACCCCAACCCCAGGAAGGCCGACAUCUACCUCAGACAUGACAAGGACGCCACACAGGUAAGAGAUGCACGCGGCCGCUGACCGCAAUGGCAGCACUGUGCACCUGUGCGUGAGUAUACAGGUCUACUACGAGUACCAAGAGGGCAAGGACAUCAUCGCUGACGAGAGCAGGAUGCUCGGCAAGUACGCAAUCAUACACACACACACACACGCACCCACAUGGCCCCACUGCCGUUGAUGUGUGUGGCCGGCAUGUGUGUGCACAUGUGUGUGCAGGUACGUGGGUGCGUUCAGCCACCAUCGCUACCACGGCAGGGGCAUACUCAUGGACCGUGACGAAAGCCCCCUGUAUGAGGUAGGUGUGUGUGGAUAACGCCACAAUGAACACACAGAGAGAGACACGGCACAUGUCUUUGGUUGGCUCUCGUUCAGGGCGAGUGGGCCAAUGGCAAGCGUUGGGGCAAGGGCAUCUUCGUCUUCCGUGAUGCGGUAAAGUCGCACAUCUCGGUCCCCGUCGGUUGAUUGGUGUGUCAUGGUAUUUCUAUCUACCAGCGUGGGUUGCCCCGUGAGUACCGUGGUGAAUUCUCGAACGACCAGAUGUGCGGCAAGGGCCAGCUCCGCAUCAUCAACGUCGACGACCCCGCCAGGAAGCUCAGGGGACAGGCAGACGAGAAGCUCAUCAUCGACCAAUACAAGGUAGCCAGGGAUGUGUAAGAUGCGGGCGUAUUGAGUUGAUGCAUGUGUGUGUGUUUAUGUGUUGGGUCGAUCAAUCAGGGCAAGUUCGCCCCGGCUGAGCCUGGUUUUGAGGCUGGUUUGCCCAAGCCGCGUGAUGCGUCGCUGCCCGAUGAGUUGGAGGACGAGGUGGCUUUGAAGGCCGAGGAGGACCGCAGGCGGGCACUGGCCAAGGCACGUAAGGACGAGGACGCUCUCGUGGAACUCAGCCCCGCUUCAGCCAGGACACUCGGCGCUAGGUGAGAAAAUGGCACGCCAUGACAGAGAAGCGGGGAGUCUGCGUGUCUUGACUAUCCCUGUCCGUUUGUGUGUGCAGGACUGACGCUGAUUUGCAGAUCGCAUACGUGAUGACUAAGGAGGGCAUGGACGAGUGGCUGCCGCACAAGGAGAAAUGGAGACCCAUGCACGAAAACUUCCAAAACAGCUGCACCGACACCGAAGCCACCAUCCGGUACCCACCCACCUCCCUCACGCAAUUCACACAAUCCCGCAUCUCUCCUUUCACUCUUCAUCAGUUUCCUUGACGGUUCCGCCUAUGACGGCCCCGUGCAAAACGGUGUGCCCGACACGACCGUGGCGACCCAGGUGCGCGGGCAGGCCGCGAAGGGCACGUUUGUGUGCCAGCACCCCGAGUACGGGUUCCGCUACGAGGGUGGGUGGAAGGACUUCAAGCCCCACGGCUACGGCGAGCUGGUACGCAAGGUCAAGGUGGGCACCCAGACGGCCGACCUCCGCUACAAGGGGGAGUUCAAGGACGGACUCAGACACGGCAAGGGCGUGCUGGAGAUCGGACAGCUCGCGGACGGCGGCAAGACAUUCAGGAGCCCUGUGCUCUUCGACAUCAAGGGGGAGUGGCAGGUGGGUCGAUGGGUUUAGGAGGUGGUGUGGAGAAGGAAGGAUGCAUCAAACACGUCCAUCCAUGCAUCCUGCACCGUAUAUGGCGUGCAGAACGAUUUGUUGGAGUGCCGGGAGGCCAGGAUCACGAUCGCACCAUCCAUGGAACAGACAUUCCCAUUCAAGUAAGAUGCCAACCGACGCACACACACCCACAGAGAGACCCCCACUCCUCCCGUCGUAUCGUGUUGCGUGUGUGUGUCAGAUCGUACGUAGGCCCGUGCAGCCGCGGCAUGAUUGGCAACGACCGGGACAGCGGCACCAUGGUGUUCUUCGAUGACAAGACGUACAAGGGCCCCUUCAGCAAGGGACUCAGACACACUGCCGAGGGACAGGAGGGCGAACUCACGGACAAGAACGGAACCAAGAUCUACAAAGGAAAGGUCAGAGACGGACACACGGACACACAGACAGACAGAGAGGGAGGGAGGGAGGGAGGGAACGUGUGUGUAUCAAGUUACCGAUUCUUUUGUGGUUGACGCAGUGGGAGAAGGACAUUCCUGCUGCUGGCGAUGUGUCGUCGCUGGACUGUGGCGACGGAUACACAUACACCGGGCCACUGCUCAACGGAAAGAGGAGCGGUGCAAAGGGUAAGUAAGCACACACCACACAGACAGACAGACAGACACAUUCACUCAUUCGUCCAUUCCAUGCAUCAUCGAUGUCAGGCGAGUUGUUCAAGGGCAGCGAGAGGAUCUACGAGGGCGCGUGGAAGGACGACCUGCCGGACGGAAAGGGAAAACUCUUCCUCAGUACACAUGACACAACACACUACCAACACACAAACACUCUGUUAACGGCCGCGUCCGUCCGCCUGGUGCUUGUGUGCAGAGGAGGGUGUGUACGACGGCAACUUCCAGGGUGGCAAGCGCCACGGCACGGGCAAGUUCGUGUACAAGGAUGGCAAGGUGGGCGACGGUGCCGCGGCCAAGUUCCAGAGCUCCCCUGCUGUCAAGGACAAGCUGGGCAAGCAGCGCUUCUACGAUGGCGAGUGGAAGAACGACGUGCAGCACGGAGAGGGCACGUACCUUGACGAGUUUGGAAAGGAGGGCACCUACCGGUCAGUGCUCACCGCGGAGACAGACACUGCCUCUCUCUGUCUCACUCUCCCUGUGUGUGCAUAUACUGUGUGCAUAUACUGUGUGCAGGCUGGACAACGGCAGCUUUGGCACCCCUGACCAGAGAGCUGAUGACUACUGCUGUGGCUUCUACCCCAGCUGCAAGGCGAGUACACCACGUGCAUGAGCUCUUUCAUAUGUGCAUACUGUCUUGUGUCUCCUCAUCUCAGUGUGCAUGUUGCGGCAAGAAGCUGCCCAGUGACUUCCUCCCUCACGCCCUGCCCAACACGCCCGUCAAUCGGUACACACGCAACCAUGCAAGCGCUGUAUUGUGUGCAUUUCCCUGUGCGUGUUGCUAUCCACCCUUGCGCCAGCACGAGCAAGCCUUUGACGCCCACGAAGCCCGUUGACGACAAGGCAUCCUUCGAGGUGUUCGUGUCGUCCGGACAGGUCGACGGACAGCCCCUCUUCAAAUACUACGAGGACGCCCCACUCGGUAAAUCAAACACAGUGCUGCUCAAGGCAGAGACACACGGGGGGAGAGCAUGGUCGACCUGUCUGUUGUUUGUUGAUGUGCGGCGGCAGACGUGCGUGGCGUGUCGACAAGGCUGGCGGACGAACACCCCAUUCUGGAGCUCAAGGAGACGACCAAGUCCUUCCACCUCACUGACAAGCAGCCACUCAAGGGAUGA